GUGCUAUAAAAGCUAUUACUGAGCGAUAGUGUUUGUGAUUGAGUAGUGUUUUGGCAUUUAGUGUAAUGUUUAGUGAAAUUAGUGACAAUCGGAUGAAAUGAUUGUAAUAUAAGGGGAUUGUUGUGGACAUCGAAACGAUGGACAUGUCUUUGCCGAGGAAUACAUCACUUCUGGAGAAGUGGUUGGAAGACAUGCCGAACAGCAACUCCGCGAAUGUCAAGAAAGAGCGCAAAGACUUCCGCGACAUCUUUGCCUCGAGUGUCACCAAUUCGUCGGACCUCUUGAGUCGCAUGAGUGCCGCCUCGCACUCGAUCACCACCGGAACCAAUGGGUUGCAGACAAACACCAAUUCAGUGCAUAAUAACCACAACAGUAAUAGCGUUCACAGCAAUGAGACAAAGACAAAUAGUGACGAAAGCGACGACAAGUCGGCGGUGGACUCGUCGAGCGUGAAGGGGGUGUUCGGGUGGCAGAGCGUCGACGACAUACCCCUUCCCGUGAUUCUUCGAGAGGACGAGAAACUGGUUGCCGUCAGAAUCGUCGAGUCAAAGGUGAUCGCGAAGUUCAGUGCAUUCCUGCCGUGGAAUGUCUUCUCGUGUAUAAACAUAAAGAGCUAUUAUGUGACCGAAAAUGAGGCCAAACUGCUGAACGAAAUCAAUGGAAACCAUUGCGAGUAUCAGUUCGGAUGCGAUCCGUUCACCACUAAAGACGUGGUCGUGUGUCUCCCGGAUGUCAGCAUUUUGCAUAAGUUCUUGAAUACGAGUAAAGAUAUCUUUCAUUACGGACUCUCAAAGAGUGGUAUCGAUUGGUUGGGUUUCAUCAACAUCUCGGGCUCUUAUAUCCCAUACAUCGCCAAAAAGGCGGUCAACGCGACGGCUGUCCACAAAUACGUGCCGCAGUCGUUGGUCCACAAGAUUGUGCUCUUAGUGAAGGUCGAGAAGAUUGAAAUGACUGAAUGGGACGCCUCUUACCUGCGAAUGCUGUGCGCUUAUGCGGCCCUCGAGAGCGUUCACAUCCAGUCCAACGACUCCCUCUGUCUCCUCAAUGACCUCAAGUGGGACUCAUCUCUGUGUCCGCUACACAUGGAGGAGUGCAGUCCUCCCAACCCUCUCAUUCAUAACAAAUAUUCUAAUAAAGACUUCGCGUUCUCGAGUCCGCCGUCUGUCGCGCGGACACAGAAUCAGGCGAUGGAUGAGAACAGCAGUUGGUUAAUGGCAUCGCAGGCCAGCACUUCGUCCAACGCUUUGAGAUCUUUACACCAAAUCACAAGAGCCGACAUCAAUGGCUACGCUCUGAAGGCUAUUAACUUAAAACCCUAUUCAACACAACAGGCGGUGUUUGUGAGCGAUGUGGUGACCAAAAUGUUUAGAGGCGUAUCCAUUCUCACCGCUCACUACAUCCUCGAGAAGAUUCUUCAGGUCAAGCUCUACGAGUGCACGAGAUUACAUGAGGACUCGUUUAUGAGGAGCGGUGUCCGUCCCCUUCAGGGCGAUAAACUGGUGGCCGUCGAUGUGUUGCGCAAAUGUUUGCCACAAUUGAGACAAAUAAUUAUGGCCGGAAUGCCUCUCACACCCCAUUCCUAGCAAUGAAUUAUUUUUCACUUUCAUAUGAUUGUAAAUACUAUAGUUAAUCAAAAUAGAUUUUAACCAAAAAAUAAUUAUUUAUUUUGAAAUCACUUAACUUAAUGACUCAAACGGGAA